AUGGAUGUUGACAAUUGUACCACAGUUCAUACUCGAGGCUCCACACAGUCGUUAAUUGCUGAUAACAGACAGUCAAGAUUCACCAUAACUGAAGGUGAAAAUGAUAAAGCACAUGCCGGAUACUAUUUUGAUGAAACGAAAACUAUUAAUAUGCUUUUCAUUGGCCGUACACAAACUGCUAAAUCAUCAAUCAUUGAAGCAUUGAAAAAUCCACGUUUUUGUAAAACAAGUUCUGGCUUUUCCGAAACACGUGAUCCCAAAUGUUAUGCAUUAAGUUUAUUUGAUAAUCUACAUAAAAACAUAUAUCAAGUAAAUAUAAUUGAUACACCGGGUCUGCAAGAAAAACCACGUUAUCCGUUAGAAGAUCGUACAGAUAGACAAUUGUUAAGUUUAGCUAAAAAAUGUAUUGAAUCAAAUUUAACAAAAUUAAAUUGUGUUUGUUUUGUCUCACAAGCUGGUUGUACGAAUCUGUAUGAUAUUGAUGUAUUUGAUGUAUUAAUGAAAUUCUUAGGUCUAGGUUAUUCAGAAAAUUCAAUGAUGAUAUUAACACAUUCCGAUGGAUUUACAUUAGACAAAUUAGCAGAAUUUCAUGCUAAAUUUAGAACUCAUCCAAAAAGCGUGUUUGCUUAUAAUUAUUGUAAAUUAGGUAUUUAUAAUCAUGGUAUUAUUAAUUAUGAUGAGUUGGCUACGUAUGUACGUCGGCCAAAUUUACAACAAGAAAUGAUGGAAGAAAAAAGUGAUCAUCUGAUUCCAAUGAGACAAAAAUUAAUUGAAUGUUUUAUAACAACAGCUGAUAAGCAAAUAGAAGUUAGUGCACUUGAAGCGGUGAUUAAAGAAAAUGAAAAAAUAAAGGCCGAUAUGAUGGAAAAAUUGUGGAAAGAAAAAAAAAUCAAAUUUGUCCAGUAA